UCUGAGUGUUCUCACAGUGCAGAAGGAAAGCAAUGUGAAUGAGGAUUGAAUUGAUAGAAUGGCCACACAAAAAAGACAGAUCCCAAGAAAUGAAAAUAAGGCAACAUAAAAUACCGACUGCAUCUCCGAGAAUGAGUCCAUCAUACCACCGCAAAGAUCUGAAAUCUGCGAUUGUGCUGAAGGAAAAGAAACUCAAACAAAGAUCAUCCAACGAGACAGAACAAGGACAAGAUCUGUUUUUUUCAACUUAAUAUAAGAAGCAAUAGUUGGAAAGUCGCUUUUCACUGCACAAGCGUGCCAAGAAUCUAAGAGAUCAUACACAUUUUUUCCGUAGCCUUUCUCCAUCUAAGAUUUGUUUUUUAAAUGCAAAAAAAUACAGGAAAAAGAGAGUCGCGCUACAUUCAGUAGUUCGUAAAUAAGUAAGAGGUGUUAUCCAAGAAGUUCAAGCUUCAUCUUCAACUUAUUGCUUGUUUGCACUAAGUAGAAAACGACGACUCACUAGAAUAUUCAAUUUCUAGUUCCUCCAUCACAACACUUGUUUUUUCAUUUCCACCCUAAGUAAUACCACCUAUUUCGCAAAAAUGGAUCCUCAAAUGGGAGCUGAGUUUGGCAAGGAGGACCAAGCCGAUGCCAAGUAUGACAAAUACCACCAGUUGAAGGCCAAACUGAACGAUAAAGAUGGCAACUAUCUCGACAAGAAGAAGGCACAAAAAGUCGCCUUCACCGGAUACAAAUUCGGAUGUACUUCUAGACUUUUUUUUUUGUAGUUUUAUGUGUAUCAAUUACAAAAAUAGAUUCUUUAUCUUCCUUUACUUUUACAACCAACCUCUUCCGACCACCAAUCAACGAAAGAAACCCCUGCCACCACCUCCACCACUCCCCACCUCGAAACAAACAGCCAAUGCCGCCUAUGGUGGUGCUAUGGUUCAGCCGGGACUUUUCACCCAAAUGUUCGGGAUUGAGGAGAAGAAAGGUGGAGACAAAUAUUCCGUGAUGAAUAAGGCGAAAAAGUCUGGUGGACACCUCAUGGAGAAGAAAAACUUGGGAAAAGCGCGUAUCUGCCAGAUCAAGGAUUCCACAUUGACCGGAAUCACCAAGCCAGCAAUCCGCCGUUUGGCGCGACGAGGUAUUUUUUAUACAGAUUCAACAUGGAGAACAAGUUCCAAAAAUGCAUCUGGUAAACUACAGUUUCUCGUAAACAAGAACAUGAAGAUCGAUUUCAAUUAUGUCCUACAAGAGCAUCCGGUAAACAACAUGAAGAUCGAUUUCAAUUAUGUCCUACCUUUUCCCCAAAAAUUUAACAUCAAAGGUGGCGUGAAGCGCAUUUCCAAGCCGAUCUAUGAUGAAAUCCGAUCCGAACUUCGUAUCUUCCUCGAAUCCACGUUGAAGGAUGCCACUACCUACUGCGAGCACGCCAAGCGCAAGACUGUGAAGCCUCUCGAUAUCGUCUACGCGCUCAAGCGCAAGGGCCGCGAUCUUUACGGUUUCGGCGCAUAAGAGGAAAAGAAGAAGGAUCUUGUAGAAGAAGAAUCUUGUAGAAGAAGAAGGAAGGAGCCCUUCUAGAGGAGAAAAGGAGCAACAACCUAUAUCAACGACUCUGGAGACGAUGAGGAAAGCAACACGCAGGAGGAAGGGAAGAAUACCUCAUCAGAGCAAGGGAAGGACGCGGUGCGGUGGGCGAACUAUAGUAUCGCGACGAUUUUUUUUAUGGAUUUAGGGUUAGAUUAUUAAUUCAUCCUUGUCUUGAUACGUAGAGGUGGAUUUUUCAAGCAAGAUCUAAGGAGGUCAAGAAGGGCGAUAUGAAUACUUUUUUCUUCUCAUUCAACAACAUGUAUAACAAUAACCGUAACAUCAUAUAAUUUGUAGCUACUUUUAGAAGAGUCAAAUAAGUAUAUUAUACAACAAGUCAACAACAAACUGAAACAAAUCCUUUCAAGACGCUGAGGAUGACAUUGGAAUGAGGUGGCAGUGGUGUGGUAUGAUAUGAGAGGUAGCUUAGAAGAGUACCAGUAAAAAUACCUCAACAGAAGGUGGGAGGUAUCAAGAUGCUUAGCAGAGUACUAGUAAUAGUACCCCUACAACGGAACAAGAUUAGCGUACUAGUAUUUUUACCUCCACAGAACAAGAUGCUAGGAGGUAAAGGUAAUAUCAACAACAGCAUACUAGUAUUGUUGUGUAGGUGGAGGUGAGCUAGUUGUACUUCUAUGCAUCUGUGUGUCUUGAUGUAGAACAUAAUGAAGCACGGUUCUUAAAGACAGAAGAAAUGGCUCUCCUUUUGUGGGGAGAACAGACAUAACGAAGAUUUUAUUCUACGAAACAAAGGGGAAAAACGACAAGCCACACCACAAUUAUUCUAUCAAAAUCAAAGAGGACACGCGCGCGCAUCUUCAAGACGAUACUAUCGAUGUCAAAUUCUUGAAAACUUGCAAUCUAUCAUGGAAAUUUGUUGUAUCUUCUCCAAAAACAACAAAUGAAAUCGAUUUCGAUCCAC